CACCGAGAUGGAGAUGGAGCACUUCGACGACCGGGACAAAGGUCACAGACACAGCCGCUCCAGCGCCAAGAUGAACGGGGUACCGAGUCCGACGCACAGCGCCCACUGCAGCCUGUACCGGACCCGGACCUUGAAGACUCUGACCGCGGAGAAGAGAGCCAAGAAGGUCCGCUUCUACCGCAAUGGAGACCGGUACUUCAACGGGAUAGUGUACGCCAUCUCCACAGACAGGUUCCGGACCUUUGACGCACUGCUGGCGGACCUGACCCGCUCCCUCUCCGACAACGUCAACCUGCCCCAGGGCGUCCGGACCAUCUACACCCUGGAUGGCUCUAAGAAGAUCACUAAUAUUGACCAGCUGGUAGAAGGUGACAGCUAUGUGUGCAGCUCCAUUGAAGCUUACAAAAAGUUGGAUUACACAAAAAACGUGAACCCCAACUGGUCGGUGAACGUCAAGGCCUCGGCGGCGUCCUCCCGCGGACCUCCUUCCCUGGGCAGCGCCAAAGCCGGGGCCCCUGAGAGCCGCGAGAUCAAGGACUUCAUUCGGCCAAAGCUUGUGACAGUGGUGCGGAGCGGAGUGAAGCCCCGCAAAGCUGUGAGGAUCCUUCUCAACAAGAAAACUGCUCAUUCGUACGAACAAGUCCUGACCGACAUCACUGAUGCCAUCAAGCUGGACUCUGGAGUGGUGAAGAAGAUCUACACGCUGGAGGGCAAACUGGUGUCAUGUCUGCAAGACUUCUUUGGCGAUGAGGACAUUUUUGUGGCGUGUGGACCGGAGAAGUUCCGCUACCAAGACGACUUGAUGCUGGAUGAGAGUGAGUGUCGCGUGGUGAAAUCUGUAAACUAUGGGAAGAUGUCUGGCUCUCUGACCCGAGGCUCCCCUAGGACCGUCAUCCAAUCAAGACGCAGCAAGUCCCCUGCAUCCGCUGGGAGUUUUAACGGGACGCCGGCCAGUCAGUUGUCCACUCCUCAUUCGGGAAAAUCUCCCAGCCCCUCCCCGACCAGUCCGGGCAGCCUCAGCCAACGCCGGGGGUCCCAGGGUUCUUCCACCUCUCUGUCUUCCACUAAAGUUUCCAGCUCUGUGGAAGAUGGGGAUGGCCUGGUUACUGAAGCUGAGGUUCUAGUCGAUGAGGUUCCAGCUGUGCCGGCCUACAUAUCAGACCGCUACAAGGUGGGACGCAUGUUAGGCGAUGGGAACUUUGCGGUCGUCCGGGAAUGUGUGGAGCACUCCACAGGACGGGAGUACGCUCUCAAGAUCAUCAACAAGGGCAAAUGCAGAGGCAAGGAGCACAUGAUCCAGAACGAGGUGGCCAUUCUCCGCAGGGUCAAACAUCCAAAUAUUGUCCUGCUCAUAGAGGAGAUGGACACUUACAACGAACUCUAUCUGGUCAUGGAGUUGGUCAAGGGGGGAGAUCUGUUCGAUGCCAUCACCUCUGCCAACAGAUACACAGAGAGAGACGCCAGCGGCAUGCUCUACAAUCUGGCCAACGCCAUCAAAUACCUCCACAGCCUCAACAUUGUGCACAGAGACAUCAAACCAGAAAACCUGCUGGUGUACGAGCAUGCAGACGGCAGCAAAAGCCUGAAAUUGGGAGACUUUGGUUUGGCAACUGUGGUGGACGGACCACUCUAUACUGUCUGCGGGACCCCGACAUAUGUAGCACCUGAAAUCAUUGCAGAAACAGGGUAUGGCCUUAAGGUGGACAUCUGGGCAGCUGGAGUCAUCACCUACAUCCUACUGUGUGGUUUCCCACCCUUUCGAGGGAGUAGUGACGACCAAGAAGUGCUUUUUGAUCAGAUACUAAUGGGACAGCUAGAAUUUCCUUUACCGUACUGGGACAACGUGUCUGAGACAGCCAAGGAGCUGAUUCGAUCCAUGCUGGAGGUGGAGGUGGAUCAGAGAUAUACUGCCCUCCAGGUGCUGGAGCACCCUUGGGUCACUGAUGAGGGUCUAUGUGAGAAUGAUCAUCAGUUGUCAGUAGCAGGGAAGAUUAAGAAGCACUUUAACACUAAUCCGAAGGUCAACGACACAACUGCAGGAGUGUCAGUCAUUUCUGCCACCCCUCUUGAUAAGGAGGGGCAGAUUCUCAGACGAGGACGCCACCCGGAUGUGAAGCCACUGCCUUUAGAGAUGAUGCUGACGGUGACAACAGUAACAACAUCAACAACAAAAACACUACGGGCCGAGCCUCCCCGUUGCCUCCCUGGCCUGCCCACGGCCCCUCCCUCUCUGACCCCUGACACUUGCUCUGACCCUUCCCCGAACCCCAGCCUCCCAUCUGACUCUGAUGACAUCUCCAUCAGCUCAGCCAGUAUCGCCUGCUCCCCCAACUCGCCCUUCUAGAGGGGAGGAGGGGGGAGGAGGGUGAGGACGCGAGGAAGGAAAAUCCUUAUCCAGCUCCUCCCUUUAUAUGGAGGAGGAGGAAGAGGAGACAUCAGCUUCCCCACAGUCUGUCAUGUAAGGCUGGGGGAGAAAAGGGGGAAAACUGUGGAAGGAAAAACAAAACAAAACAAAAAAAAUCAGAGAGAACUUUUAGCUUUCCUGAAUUCAUCUUUCCAAACCCUGAGGAGAGAUCAAUCAAAGGGUGGACAGAGGAAAAAGAGGGUAGAGAGGUUUGGGAGAAAGACUAAAGAGGCAACAAGAAGCAGAGAUCCAGAGGAAGAGGGAAAAGGCGGAAUAAGGUGGAAGACUUUUCAUUUAUUUAUUUUUAACGUUCUCUCAUCUGAGCACGUUCCAGAGCUCAAGGAGCGAGAAAGGGCAACAGUAUUGUUUACCCCUCAGUGAUGAUCUGGGCUCAACAUGGAAACUUCCUUAUGGUGGAGCUGCUCUACAAGGCAAUAUGAGAAUAUGGACCAAUGUUCAUGUUUUAUUGAACCUUAUUUAUUCAUUCUUUAUUCGCUGCAUUUUUUAAAUAUGUAUUUCCCUUUUUCAUAAAGGAUAACUUUUUUCUGUUGAUUGACAUGUUCUAAGAGCUUGGUGGAAUGGAAAAGUAAUGGAAAAUGUGCGUAGAAGUAGAGCUCAGAAAUUUUGAGGUAGGUUGCUGUAGACUUGAUGAACUGUGUAGUUGUGGGAAAUGAGAGCUACAGUAUGUAGAGAAACGUUUUUUUCUUAGACAUGUGUUGAAAAAAGUGUUAAUCAAAAAAAGAUAAAUGACAAAGAGCACUUGUGCUAUAUUCUGUGCUCCACACAGUAUUGGCAUUGCCUUCCUGUAAUGUUGGAUUGCAGUAUUACAGUUUACAUUUUACACAGACUGCUAUUAAGACAAUAAUGGUGCAUUUGAUUCCUUCUUGUAAUUUUGUUGAUUGCUUCAUUCGUGACAUCUUGAUACACAAAAAUUCAGCAGCAUUCGGGUGCUCGUGUAGCAAAUUCAACAUUUGAACAAUUCUUUUCUCGAUGCACACAUUUCCAGUCAUUCUGUAUUGAUAUCAUAUUAUUCUUAAUUAUUUGUGAUGCUUAUGUACACAUAGGAAGCCUUUUUUUAAAUACAUUUUUUUCCAACACAAAAGUCAUAUUUCAUCCACAUAUUCCAGCAGUAAAGAAAGGAAUAAUUGUUGCAGGUGUACCACUUAAACAUGGGUUCGGAGAAAUGUUUUAGGUGGUAAAUCUAUAGGAUUAACUUACGAGGGCUGCCUUUUUGCACAAAGUAAUGCAGUCUAGGUGCAGUCACACACUUAUGAGAGAAAGACAGUAUGAAUGCCGGAGAACCAGCAGCACUCUUGGGAAGCAGUACAUUUAAAAGGGUGGAAGAGGAUUUAUUUCAGCUCUGUACAACCUCAUUCAUGGCUUCAUUUAUUCAGAUGAAAGCAUGACAGACAUACAGUAGCCUAUUCUUAUAAUAAAAAACAGUUUCGUGAUGAAGUAUUGUUUAUAUGUUAUGUAAAUAACAUAAUUUUAUUUAUUUUGAUAGUUCACAAUACAGUAUAUUUCUUUACUAGUAGUACGUCUAUGAGAACAGUAAAAAAAAAAACAAUCAGUCAUACAUGUGUAUCAGUCAGUCAGCAAAGAAAAAAUAAUGUAGAGGAGAUCAUCAGAUCGAAACAAUACAAGUGAGUUGAACAAGACAAUUUCGACCUGAUGUUGUACCACCUGGAUAAAUCUACACAGACAUCUUUGCUUCUUGUCAGACACUGGAAAUGAUGUCACUUCCUUUGCAAAAGCAACCGCUAAAGGGAUUUCCAGUAACUGAUGUGAGAUAAAAGAUAGGAGAAGCCAGAGGAGUGAGAGAAAUGCAGAGUGAUUUCAGUUUUUUAUUUUAUUUUAUUUUUUACAAAUGAUCUCCCUGCAGUCGUCACACUUGUCUGUAACUUUCCGUAUUUAUUCUCGUCAUCACACAUAGACAGUAAUGUGCCACCAUAUUGACCAGAUCAGUAUGAAUUUUUUGUGCUGUCGAAAUCCACACUCUCCAGCACAUGGGCACAUGUGGUUUACCAAAGUGCUCUCACACCUGCACCACAAUAUUACAAUCUGUUGCAAUACCUGUACCUCUGUUCAACAAUGGUCUAUCAAUAACAAUAGUAAUAAUUAAAAUAUGUUUCAAAAACAAA